AUGCCAGAAGCUAGCAGCUCAGCCGAGCAAUCAGGGUCCAAGCCCCUACCCGAUCAAGAGGUAGAACCCCAAGAACCAGUGCCUUCACCAGACACCCAAGAGCCAACCGAAGCAGCCCUCCCACCAUACGAACAAGUCCCUCCACCGGGCCAGGAGAUACUAGCCCCGACGACGCUCGUCCUCGCCGGCCAGGCAAUCCACGCCCUGACCACCGACUCCCCUGCGCUCUACCACCUCAGCUUGGGCAUCUCGGAACUGUCCGCCAUCACGAGCGAGGUGGAACUUUCGCGCGUCGACACCAAGGGCCGGGACCGGCCGAUCUACGAGCUGCGGCACCUGAAAGCCCCCGCGGGCGGCAUGUACCCCAUGCCGUCCGAGUCGCCGCAGUACCACAUCCAGCGGGCCAACAAACGCGUCUCGGGUCCCGCGGCGGUGGGGCUGAAGAAGACGCGGUCGCUGCUGUCGCGCAAGAUCACCGGCCUGAGCGCGGUGCCGGUCGACCCGUCCGGCAAGGCGAGCAAGUUUGGGAUACCGACGUUUGUCAAGAACGCCGCGCCUGUUCUGACCACCGACGGGAGGGAGUGGAAGGACGCGCAGAACAAGACCAUCGCUCUUGUGCAUGAUGACAGAGACGACAAGCAGCACAGCCUAAUUGUGACCGAGGCCAUGCCGCGGUCCCAGUUCGAUAUGCUGGUGGCUUUGUGGUGCUGCCAUAUCUGGGAGUUUGGGGUGGCCCACGCCGACAAGGUUCAUGAAGGUGUCAAUGGAUUGAAGAGAAAGUUGAGGCAGAGUAGAGAGUUUGGGAUGAUGUAUAGCGCGGCACCUUUGGGCAUGAUUGGGACAUCGUCCAAGUUUUCCAAAUGA